AUGGGAAAGUUGGCCAGAAGGAGACCAGGCUCGGUGAGUGUCAAGGAACUGGUAGAGCAAGCAAAGUCUGCCAAGGAUGCAGGCAACAAUGAGAGUGCUCUAGAGAAACUUCUGCAAGCUGCUAAGCGAAAGGUUGCAUCGCCGCAAGUGCAGAUCGCCAUCUACGAGUUGGCCCUUCUGUAUGCCCAACUGGGAAGGCAUGAGGAUUCAGACCAGUGGCUUCAGCAGCUGGGCUUUGCUUGGAAGCUGAAUCCAGUUGUGCUGGAUAGCAGCUGCCUGCUUGGAAACCGCAGCCAAGGUGAGAGCAAUCUGGUAGUUGCCUUUGACAACGCAUUGCCUCUGCAGCUUCUUGCAGCGCUCCAGGAAGCCUUCAAGCCUGAUGCUGCAUUUUGGACAGAGCACGGCUACCCAACACCAAGUUUCUUUUCUUACAACCAGCCCAUUGAGCAGGACUCAAACUUGAUCACAUCAGCAGCCAGAUGUUUGGAACGUUUUGCUGCUGAGAGCUUCGGAAAGAUUCUUGCGAACGACCGCGUUGUAUCAGUUGAAUGGUGGGCGCACUCUCGGCCUUCCGGCAGUGGGAGCGGCCAUCAGCUACAUUUCGACCUGGAUGAAGUGGACUUGAAGACCCUGGAGGAAACGGCUAUACCAAAGCAUCCCUUGGUUUCAUGUGUGCUGUAUCUCAGUUGUGGGUCCUCCUGCUCCACAACCAUGGUCACGGAUCAGAACUUGGAGCCGCAAAGCCGGGCGAAACGAGCCUGGCUAUGUGAACCCAAAGUGAAUCGAGCGCUGCUGUUCAAUGGCAGCUUGCUUCAUGGUGUCAUCCCCAACCUUGCUUCAGCAAGUGAAAGUCAGGAGCCUCGGACCACCCUCAUGCUGGGUCUGUGGGGGCGGCAGCCGUCCUGUUCCCCACCGCCAGAAGCCCCUGGAGGAGGAUUAGGACCUGGCGCCUCCCAGAGAAGGGCUUUGAUUGGCCAUCCUCCCUGCAAGCAGCUGAGAGCCUGA